AUGGCUGAUCAAUUGAGUGAAGAACAGAUUGCUGAGUUUAAAGAAGCCUUUUCUCUAUUCGACAAGGAUGGAGAUGGAAGUAUUACUACAAAGGAGCUUGGUACCAUAAUGAGAUCACUGGGUCAAAAUCCUACCGAAGCUGAGCUCCAGGACAUGAUAAAUGAGAUCGACACAAACUCAAGCGGAACAAUUGAUUUCCCGGAGUUUCUGCUUCUAAUGGCCCGUAAAAUGAAAGAGUGUGAUACUGAAGAGGAGCUCAUACAGGCCUUUAAGGUGUUCGAUCGUGAUGGAAACGGGUUUAUAAGUGCGCAGGAACUGAGGCACGUUAUGACCAACUUGGGAGAAAGACUCACUGACGACGAAGUAGAUGAGAUGUUGAGGGAGGCCGACAUUGAUGGCGAUGGAAAGAUCAACUACGAGGAGUUUGUGAAGUUGAUGGUUUCAAAAUAA